CUGCGUGCGAGCCUUCUGCGCAUUCGGGACCGGGACACGCUAAAGUUUAUUCCCUGGGCUGCUAAUGGGAUUCUGGCCUUCGUCACAAAGCGAUCUCCGCGCAUCCAGUGGCCGAAUCGUGUUUCUGGCCUACUCUUGGCCAAUCACACCGGCAUCAGUGCCACUUUCGAGUCGAUGUUGAACAGUUUCGAUAAGCUUAGGAAAAAGAAAGCGUUCCUUGAACAGUUUGGCAGCGACGUUCUCGGCCGCGAUUACGACGAAUUGGACACCAGCCGCGAGCGAAUACAACAACUUAUUGAAGAAUAUGUGGCCGCCACAAAACCGGAUUUUGAAGACUGGCAGCCUUCAGUAGCCAAGAUAAACGGCCUCAUAGCGGAAAUAGAAAAACUGAAGGUGGACACUUUUCAUUACGAACAAGAAUGUGUGAACUUGUCAGCGUACGAAAAAAAGGCAGAGGAACUGGCACGUGAAAUUCGAGAUCUUCAGGGAGCAUUGGCCGACUACAACAUGGUAAGAGGUCUUAGAUUUACAUCUCAAAUUUCCUGUAACGAAUAACA